AACAAGGCAACAACACGCGUGGUGGGAUAAGGAAAAGCCAAAAGGCAUUGCCACCUUCCAAAGUCCAACACCAACACACACAAAAUCUUCAACAAAGCAAAGCAAAAGCGCAGAUAACCCAUUUUCUCAUUUCCAGAAUCACAAAAAAAGACCCAACCUUUUUUAGAGAGAGAGAGAGAGAGAGAGAGAGAGAGAGAGUUUGGAUAAUUGGGUGCCAGCAGCAACAUGAACCAGAAGGCGAGCGUUUCUAAAGAGCUUAAUUCCAAACACAGAAAGAUAUUGGAGGGUCUUCUUAAACUACAAGAGAACAGAGAAUGCGCAGACUGCAAAACCAAUGCUGCCUUUUUUUGGUGCAGAGCUCCGCGAUGGGCUAGCGUGAACCUUGGUAUCUUCAUAUGCAUGCAAUGUUCAGGGAUCCACAGGAGUCUUGGGGUACAUAUAUCAAAGGUGAGAUCUGCCAAUUUGGAUACAUGGCUUCCGGAGCAGGUUGCAUUUAUCCAAUCAAUGGGAAAUGAUAAGGCGAAUAGGUAUUGGGAAGCAGAGUUGCCUCCUAAGUAUGACAGAGUUGGAAUUGAGAAUUUCAUUCGAGUAAAGUAUGAACACAAAAAAUGGGUUCCUAGAGAUGGGAAAGUAAAAUCACCUCCGAGGGUGAGUAAGGAGAAGCCUUCCGUUUAUAGAGCGAGAAAUGCGACUAGUAGUCAGCAUGUCCAUGUGAAAAAGAUGGAACAGUUUUCUGAGGAGCAGAAAGGUGCUUGUACACUCAGUACACGUAACAGGACUACGCAGCAGAUCAGUCGUGAUCCAAAGCCACAAGAACUUGCACAGAAACCAAAACCACAAGAACUUGAACAGAAACCAAAACCGCAAGAACUUGAUCAGAAACCUAAAUCACAAGAACCAGCACAGAAACCAAAACCAGUAGUCUUGAAAGUUGAACCGGUAAGUGAGGCGGGUAGUGUUAGGCCAGUUUCCAUACCAGUUAAAGUGGAUUAUGCUACUUAUCUGUUCAAUUUGCUCUCCAUGGACGAAGAUAUAGAAAAUGACUCGGUGGUAUCUGCCAGUAAGAAUAAAUUGGCUGGUAACCAUGUUGAAACAAAAUUGAUAGAAGAGAAAAGUAAUAGACCAGAAUCGUCUGAAAGCAAGAUUCAACCAAAAUAUGAUCUUGAAGAUUUUUUUAUAGAUCCAACCCCAACCCCAAUCACUCAACCCAUUUCAAUGAAAACUCAGAAUGACGUGCAGAAUGACAUUAUGAACUUCUUCGAGAAGUCCAGUAUGGCUUCUCCAUUCUCUGUGCAUCAACAGCAACUUGCAAUGUCAUCCCAACAACAGGCAUUACUCGUGGCUUCUGCGGCAAAAUCUAGUGGAUCCCAUACCAUUCCUGCAAACGCACAACCUGGCUCCCAUUCUAUUCAGCACUUACCCGCCCGAAAUGGGCAAAACAUUGGUCGCCAAGUUCCUGGAAGCCUGAUUGGAAACAGCUAUUAUACACUCCCGGUAGGGAAUACAGUUCCUUUCCAAACAUCAAGCAUGUACAGGACGAGGCCAGUAACUCCAGUUAAUGGUGUCACAAACAUCAGAGCUAACAAAUUUUCAUCAACGUCACCAAUAUCUUCUAUCUCUUCAACUAAGUCAGGAAGGGAUUUUGAUUUCUCAUCGUUAACUCAAGGAUUGUUUACCAAACAGUGAGCAGGUUCUCCUGCAGCGGGUAAAUCCACUUUAAUCAAUCAUCAGUACAGAAUGAAAGAAAUUGAUGGAGAAUAAAUGGGGCAAUAGUAUUUUAGUUGAUUCCUUCCUAAGAUGUUGAUUUCAAUUGUAUCAGUAGGCCUUGUCUCAAUAAAAUUGGUUCAAAUUCCAUCGCAUGAAUUCACCUUCUUGUAGUUGCUUCUUGUGGUUAGGCCUUUUCAUCGCUGUUAAAUGACGAAAGCUAGGAUGUAAAAAAGUUCAAUUAAUGCAACAGGCUUAUAGCUCAAGUUAUUAAA